GUACAGUCCAGCUCCUGGUUCCAGCACAUCCAUUAUUAUUCGUUCCACAUUUGUAUAAAAUACAAACUACCACUAGCUGAUGAGUGACGACCAUGAAAACCACGAUAAGCAUGACGGGCACGACAAAAACGCCUCAUCAAAUGGCCACAUCAACAACAAGCACCUUGGGCAGGUCGCCGCUGUAUCCAUCGCAGCAAGUUAUCGGUUUCAUCAUCAUUAUAAUGCUGAUACUGCUUCUUGUUCGCUGGAUUCAGCAGCGGCGGAAAAAGAAACACCAGCAGCAGCCAGCAACAACAGCAACCAGCAACCUGAGACCAAGCCGGAAGAGCAAGUGUAAAUGACUAUUGAAUAAACAUAGAGUCGCCAAUGAAUGUGCAGAAACCUUUGUAUAGAUUGUUUGCGUCUUCUGCUAUUGCUGCUCUAAUAUUGCAAAACAGCAUCCUAUACGUUGUAAUAGCUUUUGGAGUGCUGCCAUUUCUCUUCUCUCAGCUACAUCUUUACUUA